AUGAUGUUUUACAUCAGCCUUCUCCUCAUCCAGCUAGCUCUAUGCACUGGGUUCUCAGUGAGGCCCUCGUCAAUUACCAAUUCUUUGGUUGGACAAGGAAGAUACUCAGGUUUCCCAUCUUCAAGUAAUGGCUUGGCUCAAUUCAUGAGCACUGAUGACAACGACGUCACACCUCAAAGAAGGAGAAGGCGGAAGAAGGUUGACACCGACUUGACUGACAAAGUGAAUGAAGACAGUGGGGAAAGCGUGAUCGCCAAUGCAACGAUAGAUUUGAAACCGCGAGCUAGAGCACCCGUUACGCUAGAAGUACAGGAUGUAAGAGGACUCGUAGGAGGGGUUCCAAGUGUCAAAUCCACUCGUAAUCCUCCUCCAACUACAAAGUCGAAUGCCCCUCCCACUCCAAUGGCCAGCGACCAAAGCUUGGAAACUUCAACAGAUGGCACAGUGCCAGACGAUUCCUUCGCUCAACUCUUGGAGGAUGCGCGUAGAAUGAGCGACGAUACCGGUGGUAUUGGUGACAGUGGAGGUGACGGUGAUGACACUAUUAAGGCCAAGGCCCGUAAUAUUCUAUCGACAAUUGUGACGGCCGACUUUUUUGUUGUUUUCGGGUUUCUCCUUUGGUUUCUUGCUGGGAUUGGAUUCCGUGCCGUCUUCAAUGAUGACACCGUCCAAAUUGCAUUCAAUAAUAAUUUUGAACUUCUUGUGCAACCAGCUCUAGGGGUCUUGAUGUUGGGAACAGUUGCCGGCAACUUCUUGAAGGACGAGGAGGAAGAGGAUUAG